ACGGUGAUGCUGUUAGCUAGCAGGCUGGGCUGAGCACCGGUGCAAGCUUGAGAAGUAAAGACUGGAUACCGGGACAUCGUUGUGUCGGCAGUCUUCGCCCCUAGAGUCCUUGGUUUUCAUGAGAUGUUUAGCACAACGCUACAACUUUUGUCCUUGCACCGAGCAACUGCUGCAGAGCAGAUGCGCUUAGCUUAGCUUAACCGUGAAGUCUGAGAGUCUCAGAGCGAACAUCAGCUCAUUCUGCUCCAGACCAGACCACAGGCGUCUUUGUUAGCACUACACGUGUAGUACGACAGUCACCGUGAGCCGAGUCAGUUUCACGCGGAGCGAUGUAUCAAGUGCCAGUGAAUAACCUUACAAGAAUACGAAGAGCAAGAAAACAAGUGAAACAUGCUCUUGGAGAUAUUGGUCUGGAGUUCUGCAAAGAAGCUGCUGAGGAGUUCAAAGAGUUUUGCCCUGAUGAGCAGUUUGUAAAAAGCAGUCUUUGCCUUGAUAUCUGUGCAUGGGAUCCAUCAUAUUCUAAAACACAGGAUUACAGAUCAAAACCAUUUUGCUGCACAGAGUGCCCGUUCUCUUCAAAGUACUACUCAGGCUACAAGAAUCACUUCCGCAACGUACACAGGAAAAGCUUUGACAGUAAAAUUCUGCUCAACUGUCCUUACUGCACAUUUACUGCAAGCAAGAGAACUUUAGAGACACACGUUAAGAUAUUCCAUUUACCCAGUACAUCACGGCAGAACUAUGGGAACAUGCAGAGAACUGCGUUACGGAAGAUUGACAAACCACAUGAUAAAAUCAGGCAUGGAGACGGCGUGGAAAGAGCAAUGUACUUUUGCAAAAAGUGCACAUUCCGGGACAGUCUCUACAACAUUGUGAGAAGGCACAUUUAUAGGGAACAUUUUAAGCAUACUGUCGCACCAUAUCUUGGUAUGGUGUCUGAAUCAUCUGUCAAAAAUGGUGCCAAUUCUGUCAGUGGUAACAACAUCCUCUGUAAACGCUGCCAGUUUUCCACACGUAGCUACGAGGCUUUAGUGCAGCACGUUAUAGAGUACCAUGAACGCAUUGGUGCUCAAGUAACCACCAUGAUUGGACAUGCUAAUCUUCUUGUCUCCAAGGCUCAAACCUUACCAGUUUCUUCUACGUUGGUUAGUAGGGGCCACCCACUUAAAGUUGACCCAACAGCACAACCAGUAAUUGGUUAUUUGAAGCCAGCACCCUCUGUUGUUAAAAAUAAGUCCCACGUUGUAGCCAAACAGGUACGUGUUUCCGUUCCUUGCAACAGCACUGUGACUGACAGUAAUGCUACAGGUAUAUGCACAGCCCAAACACAGAAGUGGAAAAUAUGCACAGUUUGCAAUGAGCUUUUCCCUGAAAACCUCUACAGUGCCCAUUUUGAGAGUGCACACAAGGCUAAGAGAGUAUGGGCACUGGCCAAGUACAUCAUGAAAAUCCACAACUUCACAAGCAAGUGCUUGCUUUGCAACCGCUACCUGCCCAGUGACACUCUGCUCAACCACAUGUUGAUUCAUGGGCUCACCUGUCCACAGUGCCACUCAACUUUCCACAGUGUUGAAAAAAUCAUGGAGCACGUGGCGCAAACGCACCCUGAUGAUUUUGUCGGACCCCCUGGUGCAACACCCCUAACAUUUGAUCUCACCAUUAAACAAGAGAAGUCCAGUAAUGUCCAGCUUGUUGUUCUAACUUUUAACAUGAAGGAAUCUGCCAAUGGUCAAGAUCAGUCUGCAUCUGCUCAAAACAGUUCCCCACCUGUGGUCAAACUGACUGCUCCUAGAAUGACUGACAGAAAAAGCGAACUCAGUAGAAGUUUCCCAACUCACAAGAGUGAGGUAGGGAAGACGCUGUGUCCGCUGUGUUUCACCAUCCUCAAAGGUCCCAUCUCUGAGGCUUUGGCCAUGCAUUUAAGGGAACGACACCAGGUGCUCCAAACAAUGCACCCUGUUGAGAAAAAGAUGACAUACAAAUGUAUUCAUUGCUUAGGAGUCUACACUAGUAACAUGGUGGCCUCCACGAUAACACUGCAUCUUGUGCAGUGCAGAGCUGUUGGAAGGAACCAGGCAAGCCAAGGCUUCAAGUCUGCCCUGACUCUCAACUCCUCAGGGGCUGGCUUCUUGAAGAGGCAGCCAGCAACACAGGCCACAUCCAAUCCAAAGAGAAUGAAGAUCAACAAGGAGUCAAAGUUUUCUUCCACCACUAUUGGGAAUCAAGCCGAUUCUGAUGGUCUUGCUUUGGAUCCAAGAAGCUAUGAGCACAAGACCUAUGAGGCCAGGAAAGAUUUCCUGACUGCCUACUUCAACCGGCGACCGUACCUCUCUCCUCAAGAAGAGGAAAAGCUGUCUGCAAGUCUGUGGUUGUGGAAGUCUGACAUUGCUAGUCACUUUGCAACCAAACAGAAGAUUUGUACAAAACUCUGUGAGACCAAGAAGAUGUCUGUGCUGCUUGGCUUCGACAUGCAUGCGCUCAAGAAAGUUAAGCAUGACUUGAUGUUUGAGGAGAGCAAGAUUGAUUUCUCUUCAGUCGGCAGAUCUGGGGGCCUCAAGUCUGGCAAUCCAAGCACGGACCAAAACAAACAGCGUAAUACAAACUGUAGUUUAAAUUUCAGUACAAACACGGAGACUAUUUCUAUUGACUCAGACAGUGAACCAGAAACAGAAGGGGGACCUACUGAGAAUGGAGAUGUUGACAUGAACCAACAGGAGAUUGUAGAAUCCCAGGAUCCACCAGAGCUGACAGAGCUGACAGAGCUGACAGAAAGUGAGAACACAGAUGACACUUCGAGAGAGGAGAGUUCUUUACAAGAUGUGGAAGCAAACCCGGAGGUGACUCUCUGUUAGUGCUUCUGCCGAGUGGUGUGUUGGUUCAGUUCAAAAGUUCAAGUAUGUAUAAACGAAGAUGAGGCCGAAAAAACAGAUCCAGAGACACAAAUAUCUGGUCAAAUGAUUCAGUUACUAAAAUAUUUCCACACAUUUAACUCAUUACCAGUGCUGAAAUAGAUGGGAAGAAUUUACAAGUUAGUGCAUAUUUAAGUGACUCUGUACUUCAACUAUUAUUCUUUUAGUAUCUUCAUGAAAUCUGUUAUUCACUGGUUAUUGGUCACAUUAUUUAGGGUUAUAUUAAAAUUCUUCCAUAUGUUUUUUUUCCUUAAAUGUGACAAAGAACUGUUGUAGAACAUCAUUUCACAUUUAGAAAGUGUAGUACAUGCUAAAUGCUUAUGUACACGGUUUAAUAAAUAUGUUUGUUACAAAA